AUGGCGGGGAGAGGUGGGAAGGGAGAUCGGAGGGCGAAAAGAAAACAACUCCGUAAGCUCAAAAAUGUCUGUUUUCCCCUUUCAGCACAAAUUGAAGUGAUACCAUGCAAAAUUUGUGGCGAUAAAUCCUCUGGGAUCCACUACGGAGUCAUCACGUGUGAAGGCUGCAAGGGAUUCUUUAGAAGGAGCCAGCAGAACAAUGCCUCUUACUCCUGCCCGAGGCAGAGAAACUGUUUAAUUGACAGAACCAACAGAAACCGUUGCCAACACUGCCGACUGCAGAAGUGUCUUGCCCUAGGAAUGUCGAGAGAUGCUGUGAAGUUCGGGAGGAUGUCCAAGAAGCAGAGGGACAGCCUGUAUGCGGAGGUGCAGAAGCACCAGCAGCGGCUGCAAGAGCAGCGGCAGCAGCAGGGCGGGGAGGCGGAGGCCCUCGCCAGGGUGUACAGCAGCGGCGUCAGCAACGGCCUCAGCAGCCUGAACAGCGAGGCCAGUGGCACGUACGCCAACGGACACGUCAUGGACCUGCCCAAGUCCGAGGGUUAUUACAGCGUGGAUUCCGGCCAGCCGUCCCCUGAUCAGUCAGGACUUGACAUGACUGGAAUCAAACAGAUAAAGCAAGAACCCAUCUAUGACCUCACAUCCGUACCCAACUUGUUUACCUAUAGUUCUUUCAACAACGGGCAGUUAGCACCAGGGAUAACGAUGACUGAAAUCGAUCGAAUUGCACAGAACAUCAUUAAGUCCCAUCUGGAGACAUGUCAAUACACCAUGGAGGAGCUACACCAGCUGGCGUGGCAGAUCCACACGUAUGAAGAAAUUAAAGCGUAUCAAAGCAAGUCCAGGGAAGCACUGUGGCAGCAAUGUGCCAUCCAGAUCACUCACGCCAUCCAAUAUGUGGUAGAGUUUGCAAAGCGAAUAACAGGCUUCAUGGAACUCUGUCAGAAUGAUCAAAUCCUACUUCUGAAGUCAGGUUGCUUGGAAGUGGUUUUAGUGAGAAUGUGCCGUGCCUUCAACCCAUUAAACAACACUGUUCUGUUUGAAGGAAAAUAUGGAGGAAUGCAAAUGUUCAAGGCCUUAGGUUCUGAUGACCUAGUGAAUGAAGCAUUUGACUUUGCAAAGAAUUUGUGUUCCUUGCAGCUGACUGAAGAAGAGAUUGCUUUGUUCUCAUCUGCUGUUCUGAUAUCUCCAGACCGAGCAUGGCUGAUAGAACCAAGGAAGGUCCAGAAGCUUCAGGAAAAAAUUUAUUUUGCACUUCAACAUGUGAUUCAGAAGAAUCACCUGGAUGAUGAGACCUUGGCAAAGUUAAUAGCCAAGAUACCAACCAUCACGGCAGUUUGCAACUUGCACGGGGAGAAGCUGCAGGUAUUUAAGCAAUCGCAUCCAGACAUAGUGAAUACACUCUUUCCUCCAUUAUACAAGGAGCUCUUUAAUCCUGACUGUGCCACCGUCUGCAAGUGA